UAUCAACGGCAAACAUCUCAUCGUGACGUUCGUUGACGGUCAGCUUCGGUUAUUGGGUUAGCAACGGAAUUUGUUAGGAGUCAAUAAGUCAUUCAGUCUAGCUAGGAGUACGAUUAAGUAAAUUGAAAUAGACAAAAUCAGACGAGAUGAUAAUGAAAGAUUAUCGAAAACGUAAGGCUGGUUACCAUCACAACAGCAUUUAUUAUUUUAAACCAGUUUUAUAUCUUUCUUUAGCUCGUAAACUAAAGUGAACUUUAGAAAAAAUGAAGAUUCCCUUCGCAGUUUUAUGUAGUAGUUUGCUUUUAUCAAUUUCAGUGACAGCAAACGUCGAUUACUCCGGGCAUGUUGUGAUCCGUGCGAUUCCCGAGACGAAAGACCAACUGGAACUUUUGGAUGAUUGGUUCUCGCAAACGACCAGCUUCCUCGACUUCUGGUUCCCACCGAGUAAAAUUAACAAGUUUGUCGACAUUCGCGUCCAUCCCGAAUGGUACGUUUCAUCUUCAAUCAGGUUGUACAUGUUAUUUAAUCUGUAUACCGUUAACAGGUACAACCAUGUGGUUGAAACCUUAACUCGUAUGAACAUUAAUCAUAAAAUCCAUAUUGCUGAUGUUGGUGAGUUGGUGCGACAGGAACAAGAGACCAUCGCUCUCCGACGCGCACUUUACAGUGGAAAAGCAAUUGAUCUUGAAAAUUAUCACACGUACGAAGAGGUGACGUUCUUACUUGGCUGACUUGGCUAAUACAAACCCAAUAGUGUCGACUAAGGUUGGAGGGACAACCGCAGAGGGUCGUGACAUUGUUCAGUUAAUCAUCAGCACUCAUCUUUCUGCCAAUAAACGUGUUGAGUUCUUCGAAUGCAAUGUGCACGCAAGAGAGUGGAUUACGGCCGCAACAUGCAUUUGGAUUAUUGACCGGAUCACUACUGGGUAUGGUUCUGAUCCCGAAAUUGGCGCAUUGCUCUCGACAAAGGAGCCUGCAGCGAUGUCCACAGUGUAGUUUUUUCUCACACAUGGAAGUACAGUCAUUCCUGGACA